AUGAAUGCAACGCUCAACUUAAAGGUGAUCCGCGUCGACGGUCUGCAGUGGGAUCGUUCAUUGCACAGCAAAAUUCCGAAUCUCUGUGUUGAAGUAGGUCUUGGCGGUUUUCUUCGGAAGACGCGCACGAUCAAGGAUAAAUCGCAUAUUUGGAACGAGACUUUGUCGUUCUCGACAGCAGAUCCAUCCGCGAUCAUUUCGGUCAAGGUCCUGCAUAAAUCAGCAAUUCCAUUUCGAGACGAUACUUGCAUUGGCUCAAUCAACAUUGAACUCAGCGAGUUAUCCGGAAGAUGUAUCAACGGGCCGGCUUAUCUUCCCCUCGACUCACCCACAGGGAGGAAUUAUGGAAAGCCAGCCCUAGUCGUUCAUCUACUGGAUGCAACCAUCACAUCUGUGGAUCUCAGCCCUGAUGUCAAUACUGCAGUUGAGGCAGCACAUGGACUGGACCACUCUACUGAGCCUCAUGGUUCGGUGAACCAAUGUCCAUCGAUGGUUUUUGAAGGUAGGGAUCUGGGGAAGUCUCUAUUGGCGCUGGUUGAAAAGACAGGAGUGCUUGUCAAUGUCAUCGAUAAGUUAUCCACGGUCCAUCCGUAUGUGAAUGCAGCUUGGCAGCUAGUGUCGGCGCUGUACAAGGCCGCGUCCCACCAGAUUGAGACUGAUAACGGACUCGUCAAUUUGGUCUAUCUCAUGGAGGAUACUUACGAUUUUGUCACUGAUGUCAAAUCACUUCCUAAUAAAAUCGAGAGAAUGAAGCGGACAAUCGAAAGUCUCUCGCAGCAGACAAUCGAGUGCUGCAGAUUUGUCCUGCACUAUACUAAUCGAAACUUCCCGCAACGGAUGCUCCAGAUGAGCCGGCCAAAAAUAGACGAGUUUAUCGGGCGUUUCGGAGAUCUUAAAAGAUCGCUCGAACAGGGCAUUGCUCUACAGACUGCACUUGUUUCCGCGCGAAUCUCUGAUAAAGUCAAUGAUAUGCAUUUCAAGGAUAUGCUCUGUCCAAAUGACAUGAAUGCAUUUAAGCGUGGUCGAUGCCUCAAAGAUACACGGAUAGAGGUUCUAAACGAAAUCAUGAAUUGGCUUUUAUCAGACACGGAGCAAAACGUCCUAUGGUUGCGCGGCGUCGCGGGAUCUGGAAAAAGCACGAUUGCGACGACCAUUGCGGAGUACUGUCGUGAGAUGUCGUGCCUUGGUGCAUUCCUGUUUUUCAACCGGGUGGAUGGUGCUGAGGAUCAGCUCACCUCUAUUUUCCGGACGAUUGCAUUCCAACUUGCCUUAUUUGACUCGUCUAUUGCGAGGCACAUCGAAACUGCUAUUCAGAAGGCCAACCAAAUCAGCGAGGCUGUUGCGGAAGUGCAGUUCAAUAGGCUUCUGUUAGAACCACUCAAAGCAACAAGAGAUGAGAUGCAGGGUCCGGUCGUCAUCAUCCUCGACGCGUUGGAUGAAUGUGGCACGCCAAUCGCUCGACGAAAAUUGAUGUCGCUCCUGCAAAAGGAGUUCGGAAAGCUACCUUCCAAUUUCCGAUUCCUCAUUACGAGCCGGCCAGAGGAUGAUAUCAACAAAGCAUUGUCGAAUCGCCCAAACUUAGUUUAUGAGGUCGCGCUGGAUUCAGGAUCGGCAGAGAGCAGGCGCGAUGUUCUACACUAUGUUGACCAGGAGAUGCGAAAUGUCAUAGCAGAUGCAGAUAUAUCCAUCCCGGAGAGCUGGCAAUGGGAUACAAAGAUAAGAAAUCUAGCCGAUGCCUCGGAAGGAUUAUUUAUAUGGGCGUCGACUGCCAUCAAGCUUGUCUUAGAGAGUCCCCGCAGGUUUCGAAAGCUUGAAGAGCUCGUCAAUGCAUCUCAUCGACUAAAGGGUCUUGACCAAUUAUAUGAUUCGGUCCUGAGGAACUCUGGAGUUAUUGGAGUGGAUGAUUUGUCUUCUAUAGCUCACUUUGUGCAAGUCUUAGGCCUUGUCCUACUCAGUCGCGUUCCGCUUUCAGAUACGAUGAUCGAUGCAAUCCUCGGUUUGUCGUCCACCGAACCAUCGCGUGAAAUUCUGUCGAAGCUCGGCAGUGUACUUGUAUUCAGACGAGGCGAACCCGUUCAUGUACUCCACACGUCAUUCGCCGACUACCUGUUAUCCACGCCCUGUUCCCAACCGUGCCGCGAGCAUGAGAACUCUUCCGAAUGUCCAUCCGAUCCAUGGUUCAUUAACAAAACCUCUCAGCAAUCAGCUAUUGCGACGCGAUGCUUUGUCGUCAUGAAGGAUAUGCUUCAUUUUGACAUGUGUGGUCUCGAAUCGUCUUUCAUACGCAACAAAAAUGUCACUAGGAUUGAGGACCGAAUCAACGAAACGUUACCACUGCAUCUGCAAUAUGUGUGCGUGUACUGGGCACAGCACCUCAUCGAUGCGCCGUAUUCACCCGAGCUGUUAGACGAGCUAACAUCGUUCACACGUAGGCGGCUGCUAUAUUGGUUUGAGGUGAUUAGCCUAAAAGGCCUGGUGCAUAGUGUCGCGGGCCGGGCGCUCAUGGAUGCUGCUGCGUGGUCCGAGCAGCAUGAUUCAGACAUUUCGUCGUUCCUAAAGGAUGCCAGCACACUUGCCUCCGAAUUUGCCAUCCCUAUAGCCGAAAGCACACCACACAUCUACGUCUCCAUGCUCCCGCUCAUGAAGGACGAUUCGAAGGUAGCAGCCCACUACUCGAAACAGACAUCUCGGAUGGUAGUAGUCGAUCGGAUAGGGACGAAACGGCCGCCGCUGUGGUUGAAAGUGCUAGAGGGACAUUCGCGCGGUGUUCAGUCCGUCGCAUUCUCACCUGAUGGGAAGUGUGUCGCGUCGGGCUCCUGGGACGGAACAGCCAGAAUCUGGGACAUUGAGAGUGGCGAGGUGCUAUGCGAAUUCUUUGAAGAGACUCGAGCCGCCGUCAUGUCUGUCGCAUUCUCGCGAGACGGGCGUCGCAUCGCCUCUGGGUCGUGGGGCAGGACAGUCACGAUCUGGGACAUUGAGUCAUGGGAGGUGGUCUCAGGACCAUUUACAGGGCAUACUAAGGGUGUACAUACUGUUGCUUUCUCGCCAGAAGGAACGCACAUUGCUUCAGGCUCUGAGGAUACAACAAUAAGAGUGUGGGACGUCAAGAGCGAGUCCGCUGUUCAUGUUCUCGAAGGGCAUACGGCUGCUGUACGUUCUGUCGCAUUCUCCUCUGAUGGGAAGCGAAUCAUUUCGGGCUCACACGAUAAGACGCUUCGAGUCUGGGACGUAGAGGCUGGACAGGCCAUUGGUGGGCCCUUCGUAGGACACACCGACGAAGUCUACUCUGUGGCAAUCUCGCCCGACGACAAGUACGUCGUCUCUGGCUCGGAUGAUUACACAGUGAGAAUCUGGGACGUGGAGAGCGGGAAAGUCGUUGCGGGCCCGUUUCAGCAUUCAGACACUGUUACUUCUGUUGCAUUUUCGUCUGACAGUAAGCGUGUCGUGUCAGGAUCCGGCGACCGCACAACUGUCGUCUGGGACGUGGAGAGCGGUGACAUUGUUUCUGGUCCAUUCACUGGUCACACAGACAUUGUUCGUUCCGUUUCCUUCUCCCCUAAUGGGUCACAAGUCGUUUCGGGAUCCGAUGACAAGACUGUCAGGCUCUGGGAGACACGCAUGGGCAAAAUUGUAUCCUCGUCUUCUACCUGGCACACAGCAGCAGUCAUGGCCGUUGCGUUUUCUCCAGAUGGCAGAUGGAUAGCGUCAGGUGCUAAUGAUAAAACAGUGAGAAUUUGGGAUGCUAAUACUGCAGAAGCUGUUUCCGUUCCAUUUGAGGGACAUACUCAUGAUGUCAACUCCGUGGCUUUUCGGCGUGAUGGUAGACAGAUUGUCUCUGGCUCUGAAGAUAAUACUGUUAUUGUCUGGGACAUAAACAGCCGUGAGAUGACAUUUAAGCCGCUCAAAGGGCAUACAAGUGCUGUCAAUUCCGUCGCCUUCUCUCCUGAUGGUACACGUAUUGUCUCCGGCUCUAGUGACAGAACCAUCAUUAUCUGGAACGGUGAGAACGGAGACACGAUUGCCCAAUCUGAACAACUGCACACGACUGCGAUCUUUACUGUUGCCUUCUCACCGGAUGGCUCAUUUAUUGCAUCGGCGUCUGUCGACAACGAUGUCAUCAUCUGGAAUGCCGAAAGCGGGAAAUGUGUUUCCGGACCCUUCAAAGCGCCUCAAGAUAGCACCUUACGGAUCUUUGUACCACUUGCCCUCUCUCCUGACGGGAGAUGUAUUGUGUCGCGUAGAUCACACAAUGAUAUCAUUAUUCGUGACGUGCAGAGUGGCCAGAUCAAGUCGGGACCACUGAAGGGACAUAAAGGCAUAGUCACGUCUGUUGUGUAUUCGCCUGACGGGAAAUACGUCGUUUCCGGGUCAUACGACCGGACGGUUAUUUUACGGGAUGCGAGUGAUGGGAAUAACAUUUCCGAGUUGUACAAUGGACAUUCUGGUGGUAUUACUUGCGUCACCUUUUCACCAGAUGGUUUGCGUAUUGUCUCCUGCUCUUUUGACGCAACAAUACGUAUCUGGACUGUACCAUGCAAAGAAGGCUAUUCUUUAACGACCAGAAGUUUGCAUGGCAAGGCGGUUGCCUCAUGCCCCAACAUACAAGACGUUGACGAUGGCUUUGCAAGUUGGACACUUACAGACAAUGGAUGGGUAUUAGGUUUUCAAGGCGAGUUGCUGUUAUGGCUUCCUCCCGACAUUCGUCCAACUCUCUGGCGGCCACAAAACACGGCCGUUUUCAGUUGUGAAUUUUCCACGAAGCUGAAAUUCAAGGGCGUUGCACAUGGAAAGCGUUGGCAGGAAUGUUUCAAUCCGGAUGUAUUGCUUUGA